AUGGCUGACAGUACCGCAGAUCUAUCGUGGAGAGAUCAGAUCGUCUUCAACCCAGCUCAUCAAGACCCUGCGAAGGCUCCAGCUGUCCCUAUUGCUGCCCUGGAAAACUCCACCACUGCGUCAAUUCCCGCUGUCUCCGUCUUCAACCCACGGGGCUUGAACACUUUCCAGAAGCGCCAAGCUCUUCGCUGUGAUGAUGGACCUUGCAUCGACGGCAGCAAGGAGAAAAUCUGCGGUUACGGCCCUUCCUACUGCGGCGCUGGCAACUGUACAUCGCAAUGCGAUGCCACAGCCAUGUGUGGAGAGUACAGCGAGAACGCCGAGAUGCCAUGUGGCAGUGGAAGCUCCUCCAAGCGCAAGGUCGGAUACUAUCAGUCUUGGAACGUUCGUGAUCGGAGGUGCAACAAGGUGUCGCCAUCGCAGCUUGACACAACGGGCUACACCCAUCUCUUCUACUCAUUUGCAUUUAUCGACCCCAAGACGUUUAGAAUCACGCCAGCCCAUUCGGAUGAUGACAGCAUGAUGAGGGAGUUCACGAAGCUUUCGCAGGACGGCAAGCUGCAGACUUGGAUUGCUAUUGGCGGUUUCGAUUUCAGCAAUCCUGAAGUCGCGACGCAUACCACUUGGAGCGACAUGGUCUCUACGAAGGCCAACCGGGCCGCUUUCAUAGCAUCCGUCAAGGAGUACAUGGAUACGUAUGGGUUCCAGGGCGUCGAUCUCGAUUGGGAAUAUCCAGGUGCUCCUGAGCGAGGUGGCCGGAAGCUGGCAGACGUGCGAAACUUCCCCAUGUUGCUGCGGGAAAUGCGAGCCGCGUACGGAAGCAGCUAUGGCAUCAGUUUGACUCUUGCACCUGACUACUGGUACCUGCGAUGGUUCGAUGCGAAGGCCAUGGAGCCGAGUGUUGACUUCUUUGGUUUCAUGGCUUACGACUUACAUGGCUCAUGGGAUGCUGAUGUCUUGGCGCUUGGAAAGAAAGUCCGCGGCCAGGCAGACAUUCGUGAGAUUGCCAAUAACACCAUACCCCUGUGGUUCGAUGGCCUCGACCCAAAGAAGAUCAAUUUCGGCCUUGCCAUGUACGGUCGUGGCUACACUCUGGCAGAUCCAAAGUGCAAUCAACUUCUCUGCCCCUUCUCUGGCCCGAGCAAACCGGCUCCCUGCACAGCCUUCGGAGGUGUCAUGUCUCUCGUCGAGAUCAAACAGCUCAUCAAGGAACGCGGAAUUACUCCACAGUAUCUUGCUGACUCCAUGAUGAAACAAAUUACAUGGGACGACCAGUGGAUCGGCUACGAUGACGAAGAAACAUUUGCCGCGAAACAAGCAUUUGCUGACGGCAUGUGCUUCGGUGGUACAAUGGUCUGGAGUAUUGACUUCCAGGUCCCUGGUCAGGCGGGCACGACCAGAAUGAGAAUACGCGCUUUGCCUUCAGCGACGACAAUUCAGAUCCCUCCAUAUUCGACUUCUCUUUCUGUGGCACCCGGAAUCACAUCGAACAUCGUCAUUCGCCCACCACCUAUCGUCACAAAUUCUCUGCAGUUCUCAAAUGUCGAUGUCACACAGGGCCAGACGAAUGGAAAUGUCCAUCCAACCAUCAGUCUCGACCUUCCGCCAUUCGUGACUACAAUCACCGGACCAGGCGGUGUUCAGACGAGAACACUUCUACUGCCACCGUGGCCACAAAUUACCAACGGGCCGCCUGAAAGCUGGACCACAUCAGGAAACCCAUGGACGAAUCCGGGUGUUACAGGCGUGCCAGUACCUACGGACGUGAUUCCCCUUCCACCGCCAGAGAUUAUCACGAAGACUCCUUACACGGGUCCCGGAGGGUCGGUCGAUCCUACGGGUACAUGGCCCACAUCGUUUGAUAUUCAACCCGUUACUACGGCUGUUCCUGACGAAGGUGAAGAUGAUGAUGGCGAUGGUCCAAAGUCCAAGUCUACGUGCAACCUAUGGUUUUUCUGGACUUGUAUUGACAUUGGUGGAAUUAAGAUUGGUGGGUGGGAAUGGAAUUUACCACAGGGCAUCUGGGGACCCGGGCCACCACCUAUUGGACGCAUUAAUCCUCCUCCAGGUUUUACGUUCAAAGGGAACCUGCCAAACUGGCCGAAAAUUACUGUUGGGCCCGGCGGCAAGGUAACUGCACCUCCUGAGCCAGCAAGUUGCACUCCAGCAGAGGCAUCGCUCUGCGCCACAACAACCUCGUUCGGGACGACCGUGCAGAAUGGAGUAACGAGAACGACCACAACACAAGUCAAAGAGACUUGUGCCACCAUUACUGGCUGCAACCUUCGUGACGUAGACUCCACAGAGACCGGCAAAGCUUGCAGCCUGGCGAAACGAACUAUCAAUCUCACUGGCGUGCCAUUGCCCGAGAUGACUGCCGCAGCCGAGCCUCCACCUGACGUCGCAAAGAGGGCAAACAGUAUCUGGGACUGCGAGGAAACCGGCGAAGAUGGCAUUAUUUGGCCACAAGACCCGAAGGAAGGAGGGCAAACACGCAUUCGCGCUUUGCUUCAGGAAAGAAAGGAUGCUCUUGGGGCCACCCACGGCUGGACGGAAGUCCGUGCAGGAGAUCUCGACUACACCGCAUUUUAUUACGUGGAUAACAUGGGUCCAGUCGCGCAAGCAUAUUUCGAUUCGGACGAAGUCAAAGAGAUCAAGAGAGCUUACAACUAUCGCGCAGAUAUUGCGCCCAGGUUAUCCGAAGCUCAGCUUAGGCGCAGCAGAGCAAAGAGGUCUGCUAAAGCGAGCAAUGGCCAUCCAGACACACCACUAUCUCAGCUCAAUGUGGUACGACGACGAUCCUAA